CGCCCGGCGGCGCCUGUCUCCUUUGGGAACCGGCCUUUUACCGCCAUCUCCUCCACCUGGCCCUUCUCGCUUACUUGCCCGCCUGGCCACCGUCCACGGGAGGCUACUCAGGGCGCGGAGAAAGCCGUGGGCAGGCGAAGAGGAGUCGCGUGCUCUCUGCCGGCUGUUUUGCUAGCGGCGGAGCAAGAGCCGGUGGUUGAGAGGCCGGCCAAGGACCGAGGCGGUCCCCGAAGCAAACUGGGAAACUUCCGGGUGCUGUCAGUGGCCAGUCCGCCCCUGUAAUAGAGAUCCAAGCUGAUCCUUUUUAUAUCUAGUGGCGAAGGGCCAUUCUUCGAUCAACCGUAGUAUACUGGUUAGGAAGAGGUACGGCUUCUUAGAUCAUGGCAGAUAUUCAAGGGAAUCCAAAACAACAAUUGGUUGCUGAGUUUCACAAUUUUGCUGCAGCUGGAGACAAAACCAAACUUACAACACUGCUCAGUCAUUCUCCAUCCCUUAUUAAUGAAACUGCUAAGAAUGGGUGGACAGCCUUGAUGUAUGCUGCUAGAAAUGGGCAGUUUGAGAUUGUGCAGACGCUUCUUGAAAAGGGAUGCGACAAAUCCCUUAUCAAUAAAUCAAACCAGACUGCACUAGACAUUGCAAAAUUUUGGGGCUAUAAGAACAUAGCCACCUUGUUAACUAAUGUAAAGUAUGGACAGAAGCCAUUUUUCCUGAGCAGUGAAACUGGAGACCAUGAUAACUUCUUUUGCAGAACAUUUCUAGACAGAAAAAGUGAGAAAAGGGUCGAUUCUAAAUGGCUAGACAUAAAACAGAAGCAGCCAAAUACUGUAUAUAUCCUUUUUUCAAAUUUAAGUCCAUUAGCUAUAUCAGAUGAUGGUCAUGAUAGUCCCCAGUAUCCAAAAGUUAAACUUUGUAGGUUUUGCUACAAGGAUGUAAAGGAAUAUCUGGAGCAGACUGAAGCAGUCACCUUGAUUUUUCUUGGAUUGGAACUUCAGGGGAAAGACAACUUGCUUCCAAAUGGGAAAGAUGCAAAUGAAGACGAAGACAAUAGUCUAGUUGCUUGGUUUGCUCUCAGUAUAGAAGCUCCUGCUGCUGAGAGCUUUAUUCAGAAGCAUAAGGGCUGUCACUUCCUUCAGCCACCAAUGCCAGCUCUGCUGCAGCUGUCUGAAAACGAAGCUGGAGUUGUGGCUCAGGCUAGGUCUGUUCUAGCAUGGGAUCAUCGUUAUCGGUUCUGCCCAACAUGUGGCAGUGGAACUAAAUUAGAAGAUGGAGGCUACAGGAAAACUUGCUUGAAAGGAGACUGCCCCAGCCAUCAGGGAAUUCACAACACAUGCUAUCCAAGAGUUGAUCCUGUAGUGAUAAUGCAAGUUAUUCAUCCAGGUGGCAACCACUGCCUUUUGGGACGAAAAAAAAGAUUUCCUCCGGGCAUGUUUUCUUGCCUUGCCGGAUUUGUGGAACCAGGAGAGACAAUUGAAAAUGCUGUUCGAAGAGAAGUAGAGGAGGAAAGUGGAGUUAAAGUGGGCCAUGUUCGGUAUGUCUCUUGUCAACCAUGGCCAAUGCCCUCCUCCCUAAUGAUUGGAUGCAUAGCGGCUGCAGUGUCUACAGAAAUUAAAGUUGACAACAUUGAAAUAGAAGAUGCCCGCUGGUUCAGUAGAGAACAGGUUGUGGAAGUCCUCAAUAAAAGGAACCAGAGUGCUUUUUUUGUGCCACCACAUCAAGCCAUUGCACACCAGUUGAUAAAGCACUGGAUUGGAAUGAAUGCAAGUCUUUAAAUCCAAGGAAUUGAUUUGUCUAUCUUAUCUCACAACUUCCUGAGGCUACUAAUACGUUGGCAUUAAACUCAAUAUAAUUAAUCACCCAGCAUUGUAAGCUACCAUUAUUUUGGAGGUUUAAUCUAGUAACCUCCCUAAAUAUAGCUGCACACAUGGUACGUUUCUGAAAUUUUCCAAGGUCUGUUCGUUCCUAGAUUUCCAGGAAAACAGUGAGCCCUUUCUCACAAUCCAUGAGAAGGGCUUGACAAGGCACGGGGAGGAAACCUUGAAAAGCUUACCUCCCCCACGGACAAUCCUCUCCUCGUUCUUGGGCGUGUAGAUUGGCCGUCCAGAUGAUUGCCAGCUUCUGCUGGCAGCAGAGAGGUUUGGGGACCGGGAGGCCCCCGGAACUCCCAUAAUGCUCUGUGUGAGUGCACGGUGCGUUAUGGGGAGUUUCGUGACGCCAACCGGGAGGCUGCUGGUGUGUGGGUGCCAUGCAGAGCCGCAUGGCACCAACACACGAUCAGUUAACCUAACAGCCAGGGCUCCCUUGCCGGUUUGCCCCCAGUUUUGCCUGCGCGUGAGAACAGCCUCAAUGUUUUGCAUUCACCUGAGUCAUGAUUUUGAUUUGUUGUCAUACAUUUUAUUGAUUGCUGACUGGUUUAACUUUCUGAAUCUGAUGCUUUGUUGGAGGAAUUGAACCAAGGACUAUUUCAGGAUGCACACUUCUAGCCCAAAUGACUCCCUGCUAAAGCCACUCAGCAAUUUCUCAGAAUCAGAGCCGAGCAAAAUAUGCUUUCUCUAGGCUGACAAAGGAUUAGGAAGGCUAAUGCUUCUGUUUAUUGGAACAGGCAUGUAAUACUAGCACGUGGAUACCUGUAUUUUGGGAUUUGUUUUUGUUUUUAAAGAAAGAAGCAUUAACACAAAGAACGCGUGAGAAAGAUGAUGUGUAAUCAGCAAAGUGUCCUCCAAGCGAUAGGGCCAGUGUGGUGUAGCAGACGGCGGAUCAGGCUAGGACCAGAGAAACCAAAUUCAAAUCCUCAAUCGGCCACAAAAGUGACUUUAGGUCAGCCACUAUUGCUCAACAUAAUCUACCUCAUAGGGCCAUUGUGAGGAUAAGAUCUGGGAGAGGGGGACAGAAAGACCCUUGUGUGCUGCCCUGAAUUUCUAGAGGGUGAGGUAGGAUAAAAAUUGAAACAAACAAUAUAUUCUCAGACUUCAGUGUCCACUGUAUGCAGCAAAAGCUUCUUUGAAUAGUUACUCACAGGACAGUGCUUGGGAUUACUGCACACAGAAUAACACACCAUUUGUUCCUCCAUGUUAUUACUGCUGGCAUGGGCUUGGACUGUACAUUUACAGCAACUGUGAGCAAAAUACGAGUUGGGGGAAGCAAGUGACUGCAGCUCUGUCGCCAUCCUUGCCCUGGAGAGGAGAGCUGGUCUUGAGGUAGCAACCAUGACUGGUCCCCUUAGCUAAGCAGGGUCCACCCUGGUUGCAUAUGAAUGGGAGACUAGAAGUGUGAGCACUGUAAGAUAUUCCCCCUCAAAGGAUGGAGCUGCCCUGGGAAGAGCAGAAGGUUCCAAGUACCCUCCCUGGCUUCUCCAAGAUAGGGCUGAAAGAGAUACCUGCCUGCAACCUUGGAGAAGCCACUGCUAGUCUGAGAAGACAGUGCUGAGAUAGAUAGACCAAUGAUCUGACUCGGUAUAUGGCAGGUUCCUAUGUUCCAGGUGUGUAGUAUUUUAAGCCUGCCAAAGAUUUGGCCCAUCAAAAAUUUGAUACUUGGUAUAGGAUUGUCAGCUUUUCACUGUGCCUUUUCAAAGCAAUAUUUCUAGUAUUUGCAAAUGCUACUUCUCAUAGGGGAAGCAGAAUAUACCGUGUUAGUUCUGUGACUGACUGUAUAACCCUGUAUAACCUUCAAAGUGGCACUCUGGCAAAAAUCCUAUUAAAGUGACUAUAUUACGGUA